AUGGACCACUGUGUGAGUUGCAAUGUUGAGUGCAUUUUCAAACGAAGGCCUCCUGAGAAUGAAUUAUUUGGAGCUAGUUGCGAUGUGUGGUGCACAGAUUUACUGAGAGAAUGUAAUGCUGAGCUGGAAUACCUGAAAAAGGCUUACAAUGACUUACGUAACAAAACCAUGGAAAAAGAUAAUACCAUUGAAGACCUUCAAGGAAAAUAUGAGGUUUUGAACGAAGAUCACAGAAUACUCAAAAGUGAUAUAGAAGACAGAGACAACUUUAUUGCUAGACUGAAAAGAGGAUCAAGAAGUUUUGAAGAUGAGGCGUGUGAUAGGGAAGAACAGUUGAAGAAAAAUAUAGAAUCUCAUGUGAAAUUGAUAGAGAAAUUGAAUCAAGAGAUAAAACAACUGAAAGAAGAACAGAACGUGAAGCAAACAGAAAUCAGUGACACAGAAGUUAAAUACGAAAUACAAAGACAAAAUUUAGAAGAACUGAAAAGCAAAAACCACAAAAUGGCUACGAGUAUAACGAAUCUGCAAUCUGAAAUAGCAAAACUUGUUUCUGAAUCAAGAAGUGGCAAAAUGGAAAUCGCUGAAUUGAAUGAAGCACUACAAAGCUAUAAAAAUGAGCAUAAAGCUAUAAAAGAAGAAAACCUCUUGCUAUUAGAAAAGAUGAAAGCACAGAGUACGACCUGUAACCUUCUAGAAGAUAUGAUGGAUAGCGCAGAUCAAACUGAAAAAGAUCGAACUAUAAAUAAUAAAGAAGAAAUCAUAGCUAAAAUGAAAGGGGAGGUAAAAGAACUCAAAGAAAUUAAUAAAAGUAUGACAGUUUCCAUAAGUGUGUUGGAAGACGAGAACAAAAGGCUAGAGAAAGAGUUGAAGGAAUUACAAAUGGAGUUUGACCGGAUUUUAGCAGAACAUAUUUCAUCAGAAAAAUCACUGGUUGUAAAUGAUACAGAAUCGAAAACUAAAAAAACUACAAAAGUAAUCACUAAAAAUACGCACAACAAACUAAACGUUAACUCUACCAAAAAACAAGCAAACAUCACCAAUAUUCAUGACGCAAACAUCAUUACUAAUAUGAAUGAUGCUUAUCCCAGUGAUUCUAUCGAAGUUGGGUCAACUAUAAACUAAUUUUGCCAAACAAGGGAUCUGGCAGGAUUUAGAGGCGGCAUUGGAAUCAUUGAUCACUUGCUAACAAUUGAACUAGGCACUUAUUGGAAAGCGUAUGGAGUAUAA